ACAAAUAACCAAUAUUCUAGAUUUAUCAUGUUAAACUAAGUAACGUUCAUUGGACAUAGGUGUGGUGGUGGUGAAAUGGAGGAGGGAAAGAGCAAGUCUACAUUGGCGAAGAAUCCGAGCCGCAGCCGGAAUCCGAGCCGGCGUGUGGCCUUGGACGUGCCCUCCCCUCGCCACAUGGGCUCCACCCUCAGUGGCAUCCAUUCCUCCAUCGACCACCUUGACAAGGGACGUUACCACCCAUGUUGCUUUGCAUGUUGUGCAUGGUCAUGCCUUAUUGUGUUCAUCUUAAUCAUAGCCAUUCUCUUUCUUGGUAUUACCUACUUGGCUUUUCUCAAGUCAGGGAUGCCAAAAAUUAACGUGAGAGCCUUCAACAUAACAAAGUUUCAAGUUGAUGAUGGGUCACAAAAGAUGAAUUCGGUUAUAGGCUUAGGAUUAAUAUUCUCUAACAAGAAUGAUAAGCUUAAGCUUUUGUAUGGGCCUCUUGAUGUUGAUGUCACUAGUGAGGAUGUGCUAUUGGGGAAGAAAAAACAAGGUGGCUUCUCUCAAAAGCCCUUGAAUGUCACCAAUUUGGACAUGACCAUGACAUUGGAAAAUGCCGAUGUUGACAAGUAUGCCGCUGAAGAGUUGAAAUCAGACAUCAAAGCCUAUGAGAUGGUGUUUGAUUUGUAUGUGGGUGGACACAUUGGUUUUCAGGUUGGGAAAUUGCAGAUGAAUAAUGUACCCUUUCUAGCAUCUUGUAAUCAAAUCAAGAGGGAGGAUGUGGAUUUUGGAAGAAAGCCUGAAUGUGAAGUUAAGCUGUUUGCUGCCAGGCCUUCAACAAACUGAAGAAAGCAAUUACAAACAAGUUUAGCUUAAGCAAUUUUAUCGCAUCUUUCAUAGGUGGACAAGUAAUUUAUUCAUAGGGAUGACAGUUUCUGCAAAUAGCCACCUUUAUUAACAAGCCAUUACAGCCAUGCAUGAACAUCUUUGAAGUUUUUCAGUUUUUCAUUCUAGAUAAAAUUCAGUCUUACUAAUUAGACCUUGUUCAUUGUGGACAUGUAUAUAUGGUCUAAUUAAAGACCUUGUUAUCAAUGUUUCAACCACAUAUAUAGUUGGAGAGUAGACAAAGCUAACAAAGAAAAGAAGAUUGAUUUACUAAUUA